AUGCGGCUGCUAUAUAGUAGCGACCGGGGGUUUACAUUGACUGAAGACUUAGUUGGAGAACAUAUCCCCUAUUAUGCGAUCCUGUCGCAUACCUGGCAAGAGCAGGAGGUGACACUUGCCGAUCUGAAAGGUUCACGUCAUGGCGGAAGACACAAGGAAGGGUAUAGGAAGCUUGUAUUCUGCGCCAAACAGGCUGCGCUGGACGGCCUUGAAUACUUCUGGGUCGACACCUGUUGCAUUGACAGGUCUGAUUCGGUCACGCUUGAAGAUGCUAUCAACUCUUUGUCUUCCUAUUAUCAGAAUGCAGCAAAAUGCUACGUCUAUCUAUCUGAUGUCUCCACCGAGGGGUGGUCAGAAAUCAGCGAAGAAUCUGAUUGUAAGUGGCAGCUAGCUUUUCAGCAAAGCAGAUGGUUCGCCCGGAGUUGGACCCUUCAGGAGCUUCUUACCUCUCGUUCAGCCGAGUUCUUCUCCCGUGAAGGCCAAAAGCUUGGUGAUAAGAACACACUUCGGCAAACUCUCCAUGAGAUAACUGGAAUCGCCACCCAAGCCCUUGAAGGAAGACCUUUGGCUCAUUUCAGUGUAAGAGAACGGUUAUCGUGGGCAGCAAACCGCAGAGCAACACUGGAAGAAGACCAGGUGUACUCGCUUCUGGGCAUUUUCGGCAUCAAAAUGACGAUGAUGUAUGGAGAAGGCAGUUGGAACGCAUGUCUUCGCUUUUGGGAUGAGAUU